AUGAGCAAGGCUUGGUCUUCGAAGCAGGUGGUACCAGACGUUGUGGACGAUGCUCCUCCUGAAAAACUAACUGUAAAAUAUCCCGAAGUCACUGUCAACGAAGGCAAUAUCGCGAAACCAAAACAGGUGAAGAGUCCACCAGAGGUUUCUUGGACAGUAGAAGGCGACGCCUUGUAUACCAUUUGCAUGACAGAUCCAGAUGCUCCGAGUAGGAAAAAGCCCUCUGCUAGAGAAUGGCAUCACUGGUUGGUGGUCAAUAUACCAGGAAAUAGCGUUGACAAAGGUGACACAUUAUCGGAAUAUGUAGGAGCAGGUCCUCCUCAGGGCACAGGACUCCACAGAUAUGUCAUCCUGGUAUACAAACAACCAGGAAAGAUCAACCCCAGCGAAAAAAAGAUCACCAACAGGCAAGGGCAAGGGAGAGGCAAGUUUUGCAUAAGAAAAUUCGCCGAGAAGUACAACUUAGGACAACCCAUUGCUGGGAACUUCUUUGAAGCCGAGUUUGAUGAUUACGUUCCAAAAUUGCAUCAACAACUUGGAUAA